AUGAUACUCUCCUACUCCCCACGACCCGUACCGGACUCAGUCCCCACAGCCCAUCUGCCCUGCUAUCCCUCCUCCAAGAACUCACCCGCGACAUCCGGCGUCACCAAUCUGCAGGAGAAGAAGCAGAAAGAGAAGGAGAGGAAUCCCCAGCGUGCGAAUGGCAGAAAGAAGAGAAACGGGGGAGACGUGACAAGGACGAUGAAGACCAGCAGGAGCAAACAAGUCGACAGGGUGAAGAAACUCGUUUCAACGCCGCCACAGACAACGCCAGCGACGGUGCAUCUCCACGCGGAACCCCGCGCUGUCAUACCAGCGGAUCUAAAGGCGAUGGGUGAGAGUAAGAGCAUAGCUAAAGACGACUGUAAAAGCACAGCAGCACCACAACAAGCAGAUCCGUUCAAUCCGUGCGCAACCCUCGGCCUCCCGCCCAGCGCCCCGCUAGUGACGAUUAAAAUAGCUGCGCAUCUCAUGGCGCUGAGAUACCACUCGGACAAACAGAAUGGCAAGACAGCGGCGGAUAAGGAGAGGGCGAAUACGCGUAUGUGGGAGAUGAAGCGGGCGCGGGGGGUGUUGUUGAAUGUGUGGAAGGCGGCGUGGGAUGAGAUGGGGAAGGAGAUGGGAGAUGAGGAGGCGGAGUAG